UAACCAGCAGGGAGGCAGGACAUCAGACAGACAAACAGUCAGACUCCAGACUGAAGCUGCUGAUCUGAAACCUCCAGAACCUCCACACCUACAAAGACCAAACGUCAGGAUGUUGUGUCCCAGCGUCUUCCAGCCGUCCCCCGUCACCAUGAGGCCUUUCCUGGACCUGCACUGGCCGGUCCGCAGCCUGUGGCCUGAGACCCGGCCGCUCUUCUACCACAUCGAGCAGGAGAUGAUCCGCCACCUGCAGGAGAUGAGGCAGAGCAUGGAGUACAUGGAGAGGCUGCACCAGAAGAUCUUCGACGAGAUCGACCAGACCUCCUCCUCGGUGGUCUUCAAACCUAUCGCCUUCCAGGACCUGGCGAGGGACGGCAGCAGCUUCGCCCUCAGCCUGGACACUAAGGAGUUCUCCCCGGAGGAGCUGUCCGUCAAACAGGUGGGCAGGAAGCUGAGGGUGAGCGGCAAGACAGAGAAGAAGCAGGAGGACGGGAAGGGCUCCUACUCCUACAGGUGCCAGGAGUUCAGGCAGGAGUUCGACCUGCCGGACGGCGUCGACCCCGAGACCGUCACCUGCUCGCUGGUGGGAGGCCGGCUGCAGAUCCAGGCGCCCCGGGAGAGAGCAUUGACUGAUGGGAAGGAGAGGGUCGUCCCCAUCACCAUUACUGCAGCCCCAGCCAUCACCACCUCCACCACCUCCUCCUCCUCCAGCGGGGGGACGGAGGGAAGCAGCACCUCCUCCUCAAAGGACGGCCCUGCUGAGAAAAACUGAGAGCGAGACAUCUAUUCACCUAUCUUUGUAUCUGACGGACGGAGGGAACAUGAAGCUGAUGCACUUUGAUUUUUAACAAUUAACCGUUUGUAAUAAACUUUUGUUUCGUG